AUGGAUAGGGGAUGGGACGCAUUUAUUCAAUCGUGCAGGAAGGGAAACCCGGAAAUGAUUUGCGGGGCGGCGAUACUGCAGUUGGCGGUGCAGUACAUCUAUCAACUGGAGCAGGAGAAGACUCAACUGCUGACGAGGAACUGCGAGUUGAAGCGACAGCUUGACCAGGCGCAUUCCAAGGAUCCCGUCAAUGACGGAUUGCACUCAUCUGGGACUCCGUCGCCGUCAGUGGUGGUCAGCGUUCCGCAGUCGUCGAAUGGCAGCGUGGGUACCAACGGCGGAACUUCAAUUUCCGUCCCGGUUACAACCGUGAAGCGCGAGUACGCGAACCAGAUGCACUUGCCGCCGAUGAAGCGGAAGCGCGCGUAUGCGCUGGCUGAGGCUGAAGCGGAAGCUGACGAAGGGGAGAAGCGUGUCCGGAAUAUUGCGACUGCCGUGGCGGCUGUGGGCAACUCAGCUGGGCUCAUGCAUCAUCCCCCGUUGGAGCAUAAUUACCAGAGUAUAGAGCAAGAGACGGAGACGACGGACGUGAAGCCGCCGCAGCAGAAGCAUGUCAUGGUCGGUGUGGGCUCCCUGUCACCCGCUUCCAACCAGGUGGCGGCUGUUUCCAUGUCUCAGCAUCAGGUUUACGUGCAGCCUCAUCAGGCGCAGAAUUCUCAUCACUCUGGUGUCAAUGGGGCUUCAGAAACGCUGCAACAGCAGUUGAUGGCCCUCCAACGUGAAUUGGAUCAAGAACGAGGCUACAGAAUUGCUUUGGAGGACAAGACGAGGUCCUUGGAGGCGAAGGGAGAGAAUGGUGAACAAGUUCUUCUGUUGAUGGACGACGGCAGCUUGGGGCAUUUGACACAGGCGACGCAAGCGAUAACCGUUGAUCAAGACCACCGUGUUUCACACCGGAAUGGACAACAGCAACACCACAUCCCAGUUCAGACUCAUCACAGCGUUAGCCAUCACCAAGAACUGCAUCCGGGCCAAGUGCGUUUGCACGGUGACGCUGUCGUACGCGUCCAAAUGCAGGAUGCUUCGUCGGGCACCGAAGACACUCCUUCCAUGCCCGGUACCGGGUUGACUGUGGGCAAAGGUGGCCUGCCGCCGGUGAACUUGGCUUUCACCCGAAUGGGGAAAGGAUCAGUGGCUCUCAACGCAUUACUUGAAUCCAAUUUUCGAAGAAAAGCAAGUUUUCCGUCGUCGCAAAAGAGCUUAGAAACCAUUGUAGAAGCGAUUCGCCACCUGGAAGGAGAUCAAAUGUUCGAGUCGAUGGUGCAGACGCACUCGACAAAGCAGCCAGAGCCUGCUUACCAUCACCACCACAAUCACCAUCCCGUUCACCAUCACCACCUUCAGCAGCAGCGCAUGGAGGAGUUCUGCGGAGACGACGAGGAUCAGCCGUUGGCAUUGACGAUCGACGCCCCUGUUUCAUCCGCGCCGUCACUCCGAGGGCGCGCGGGAGCAACGAUGGUCAAAUACGUGGACCAGUCGUCUGGGCAGCAAAUGGAUUCGUCUCACAUGUGAACUUCGAGCUCCUAGGAGAGAUUUUUUUCUCUCUCGUUCAUUAUUUUGUUGCUUUCGUGCGUCAAGGGGAAUUGCUCUUGUUCGAAAUUGACAUUAAUUUUUGGGAACGGAAACGCUUGGUUCUUCUCGCGUUCCAGAUGGAAGCGAGCAGUGUUUGAGUGAUGCGAGGAGCGUUUGUGAACGUCUUGAGGGUGAAUUCUAUGCAUAAGCACGUAUAUGCGUGUGACCUCCAAAUAUUGUGAGCAUAUUGUGCCGUUGAGUUUUCAAACGGGGUCAAUAUUUCCUUUUUCUAAGCCCCAUUCAUAACUUCGAAUGUGUACGCUUGAGAUAAGUUAAGUAAAGACUUUGGAACGAGGUUAAAUUUGAGUCACAAUAAAUUCUCUACUCUUCUAUCCUCCAAAUUGAUGAAUUCUCUGCCGAGUUGGAUGCGUUAGUUUGUUCCGUAUUUCAUUCUGGAAGAUUUUUUGAAAAAAAUGUUGAAUGCCAAUGUUUGAAAACUGGUUGAUUCCAUCUGAUGGGUGGUACGUUCGAAAUUUCUCGGAUCUCCACCUAACCUUAUAUGGAUGAAACGUUUUUCUCCUGCACCCCACGAAGAUUUUUAAUGCUAAUUUAACCCUUAUUUUCCCACGAAUGUACGAUGCAAAUUUUGCAACGAGGAGUCGUUUCACCUCUGAAGUGAGAUCAAGUACGAUUCGGCUGCGUUGGGAAGAAACUUCUUCUAGAUGAUAUUGGAUUGAAGUUGAACGCAUGCUUCAGUUUCGUACACGAGCAGUUUCCCUAAUGCUCGAAUUGAGUGCAGGCUUUAACUUGCACGGUGCGCAUUCAUUUUAAUCGUCCCACCCUUCGCUUGCGUGGGGUCUGUUCGGUCGAAUGAACUAAGAUUGAUUUAUCUCUCCCGAAACGCUUGUUUCGUUGAAUUCCUUCACGUUCCUAUGUGUUCGAAUUUUAUGAGUUCCUGGUCGGAUCCAAGAUUGAUGAGCGAGUUUUUGUUUUCUUUCAUAGAAUGCACGUGUUUUUCUUUAUUCUCCUGAAAUACGUCGAGUAUUAAUUUGAGUGGCGCACUGUGCGUCUGGAAUAUUAUUCCUUUUCGCGCGUUUGUCUCAUUGUUGCUGAGAAUCUCCUUAUUUUUUUUCUUGAGAUGUUCGGGCGCGCUGCUGUAGGAGUUAGCCUGCUGAAUCUUUUCUUGAGUGAUGUGUGUGUGGUUUGGGAAGAGAACGUGUGAAGUUCGGAAAUGUUGGGAGGUUCCGCAAUUCGGAAUCGACGCUCGCCUACCAAUUGCCCGUUGCCAACUGUGAUACCGCCUUAAAGACCCAAUGCUUGAUCAUCUCGAGCUUUUCGCGCUGUUCGUGUUUUUUAUUACAACUGAGAGCUUCUUGAGAAGUGUCAUCUUCGUUGUUGGUUUUUUAGGACUCUCGUGCCUGUUCGCAGGUUAAACGGAAUAGGCUUCAACGGCUCUUGUGAUUCGCUAAUUUUUUUUUUUGCGCUUCGGCUUUGAUUCUUCCGUUGGGUCCCUUUUCGAACAAUUGUUGGGUUGGUGGGCGCGCGUCGGACGAUUUUUUCUGAACGUGGAAAGGAACGAGGAGUUGCUCUUCUGAAAA